CCACGCUAGCCUAGCAAAAGGCACUCCUCCCAUUUGUUCUCAACAGGGAGCAAAGUCUGAAGAGACAAAGAUUUAUUUCACCCUUCAAGGGCAAGACUCAGAACAGCCAAGCUUGCUGAGAGACCGCCCUCAAUUACGGCACUUGGGUGUGGAAGUGUCAAAUCCACACCCAUCUUGUUUGUCGCUGAUUCACUUUUCUUUCUUCUUGAGAGAACUUCAAGCAGCAGCAGAAGCAGCAGCAAUGGAAGAGGCACAGUCAAUGACCCCGCUCGUUGGGUUCGUGCUCUUGCCCCAUGUAGGAAGCAUAUGGGGGGCCAGGAUAACCAAGAAGGAAAUACCUAACUGGUAUGAAUCCCUUGAGAAGCCAUCAUGGAACCCACCAAACUGGAUUUUCGCACCUGUCUGGGGAACUUUGUAUUCAUCAAUGGGAUAUGGCUCUUACUUGGUAUGGAAGGAGCUGGGAGGUUUCAAUGAGAAGUCCAUGGUUCCACUUGGACUGUAUGCUGGACAACUAGCCUUAAAUUGGUCGUGGACUCCCAUAUUUUUUGGCAAACACAAACUAGGAUGGGGGCUGGUCACUGUGUUACUUACCGCAGGAGCAGCAACAGCUACAACUACAGUCUGGCAUCACGUCAACAAAACAGCCUCCUAUUUGAUGUACCCUUAUUUAGCCUGGUUGACUUUUGCCUCAGUGCUGAACUACCGUCUGUGGAAGGACAAUCGCGACAAGAAGCACCCGGAUGCCAGUGAAUAAAUGUCCUCCAUCACAUUACAAUUCCAUAUUUUUUUCAUAAAACCAUGUUUCACACCAUUGCAAAAUGUAAUGUCCAUGUUGACGUAAAAAUAUAUAUAUUUGCUAGAUCAAACUGCAAUAAAAUUGAGAGUCUGGAGAACUGUG